AUGUAUCAGCUAGAAGAUGGACACACUUUAUUUGACUACAAUGUUGGACUGAAUGACAUAGUUCAGCUUUUGAUACGUUCUGAAUCUGAAGCUCCUACCACUGCUUCUGGGACAGAUCAGGAUGGAGAAGUCAAUCCCUGUGCUGUUUCCAACUGCAAGAACAAAGUCAAAAAAACAAAUAGUGGAUCACCCAGUCAGCCAUCUACAUCAUCUCGCUCAUUUCUCAUUGAUCCUGGCAUUGGAUUAUACAAGAUAAACGAACUGGUGGAUGCCCGUGAUGUCAGCAUUGGAGCCUGGUUUGAAGCUCAUAUAGAAAAUGUUACCCGAGCAACAAAGGGACAUAAGAAUGGUAAAGCUCAAGGGAAGAGUGGUAACACUUACAAAAGGACUAAUGGAAACUUAAGUCAAGAUCAUUGUAGAGAAAAUGCAAAUAAUUUGGACAGUACACCAUCCACAUCUUAUUCAGACUGUAUGGACACUGAUGAAGAAGCUAUUUAUCAUAUCAAGUACGAUGAGUACCCAGAGAAUGGCAUAGUAGAAAUGGACACCAGUAAUCUUCGACCCCGAGCAAGAACCAUUCUGAAGUGGAGUGAACUAAAAGUGGGUGAUGUGGUGAUGGUUAAUUACAAUGUUGAGGCUCCAGAAGAAAGAGGAUUUUGGUUUGAUGCAGAAAUUACCUCUUUGAGAGAAAUCUCAAGGACUAACAAAGAGGUUCAUGCUAAAAUUCUGCUGGGAGGCCCAGAAGACACAAUAAAUGAUUGUAAAAUCCUUUUUAUAGAGGAAAUGUACAAGAUUGAAAAGCCAGGAGCCUAUCCAUUGACAUUUGGGGAUGGAGAUUUCAAAAGAAAAAGUGGCCCAGAAUGCAAGCACUGUAGGGCUGAUCCAGAUAAGGAGUGCCGUUUCUGUUCGUGUUAUUUGUGUGGUGGAAAACAGGAUGCUCACAUGCAACUCCUUUGUGAUGAAUGUAAUAUGGCUUAUCAUAUAUACUGCCUGAACCCUCCCUUAAGCAAGAUACCAGAAGAUGAGGACUGGUAUUGUCCUUCCUGCAAAAAUGAUUCUAAUGAAGUUGUAAAGGCUGGAGAAAAGCUCAAACAGAGUAAAAAGAAAGCAAAGAUGCCAUCUGCCAGUACUGAAAGCCAGAGAGACUGGGGCAAGGGCAUGGCCUGUGUUGGUCGCACUAAGGAAUGCACUAUUGUUCCUUCAAAUCAUUAUGGACCUAUACCUGGUGUUCCUGUUGGGACAACCUGGAAAUUCAGAGUUCAGGUGAGUGAAGCAGGUGUUCACAGACCACAUGUGGGUGGAAUCCAUGGACGCAGUAAUGAUGGAGCUUACUCACUUGUAUUAGCUGGAGGAUUUGAAGAUGAAGUGGAUCGAGGAGAUGAAUUCACUUACACUGGGAGUGGAGGUAGAGAUCUUUCUGGCAAUAAAAGGAUUGGAGAACAUUCAUUUGAUCAGACAUUAACACACAUGAAUAGGGCAUUGGCUCUUAACUGUGAUGCCCCACUGGAUGACAAAAACGGAGCAGAGUCUAAGAAUUGGAGAGCUGGUAAGCCAGUCAGAGUAGUGCGCAGUUCAAAAGGACGACGGAUCAGCAAAUAUGCCCCAGAGGAAGGCAACAGAUAUGAUGGCAUUUACAAGGUGGUGAAAUACUGGCCAGAAAUUGGAAAAUGUGGAUUUUUAGUUUGGCGCUAUCUUCUGAGGAGAGAUGACGUUGAGCCUGCACCGUGGACUUCAGAAGGAAUGGAGCGGUCAAAGAAACUGGGUCUGAGUGUACAGUAUCCAGAAGGUUAUUUGGAAGCCAUGGCUAGUAAGGAGAAGAAAGAUAAGGUUAAAAAGCAAACUGUGAAACAGGAGCCAACCAGCCAGAGUAACGGAAACCAGAAAAGGACAAUUGAUGAUGGUAUAGAGGAACCUACGAAUACACCCAAAGCCAUGAGGAUGGGAGAUGGAGGGAAAGGAGAGGCUUUCCAGCUGACCCAAGAGCAGCAGUGGCUGAUUAGAGAAGACUGCAUGAACCAGAAACUGUGGGAUGAAGUACUUGCUUCUCUUAAGGAAGGACCAAAUUUUCUGAAGAAACUGGAACAAUCCUUUAUGUGUGUCUGCUGCCAGGAGCUGGUUUACCAGCCAGUGACAACAGAGUGCCUCCACAACGUCUGUAAAAGUUGUUUACAGCGCUCCUUCCGAGCUGAAGUCUUCACCUGCCCUGCCUGCCGCUAUGACCUGGGAAAGGGCUACACCAUGGUUCCCAACAAGAUACUGCAGACACUACUGGACCAGUUCUUCCCUGGUUACAGUAAAGGACGAUGAUGUGCUCAGAUCCUUCCGUACUUCUCCCAGUGACUUUAUAGACAGUAAAGGAGAAUAAACAUGGGAAAUUCAACAGUGGACCAGCCAGCUUGAUGGGACUCGAUAUAUUGUCACAUUUUGAAGCAGCUAACCCUCUUCCCCUCAUAGCCAUCUUUUUGGUGUAGUGAGAACUCUAAUUCUCAGCUGUCUUUUAACAUCAAGGGUAGUUUUGGCCAGUUAACAAAUAGUUUUUAAAGAAAAAGAAAAAAAGAAAAGCCUCAGCUCUUACUGGCCUAGCUGAUGCUUAAUUUAUGAUUUGUUUUUCUUUAACUACCUCAGGACAGAGGAAAAUAAAUUGUGGGGAUGACAAAAAGUUAGUGAAGUUUUAGCUACACACUGCCUCCUGAAUAUUAGUUGUGCCUGGUCCAUGUGGUUUGAUUUACAAAAAAAAAA